AAGUAGUUGAUAAGUACAUAUAUUGUGUUCUAUAUGAAGUCUUUAUUGGGGUAAUAAUUGUUUGUAGCUAUGAGCAAACUUUUGUUGGAAAUUGCAAGUAAUUAUUACCAACUGUUCAGGACAUUAGUACAUCACGCUUCACAUCCAUGUCUUAAUGCAUGCAGCUCUAGCAGCAAUGAUCAGUGAGAAAAGCAUGAACUCCUGUGGUGUCCUUAACCUAAUCAUAGUUCCAAGCCUUUCUCAUGAUGCUACUACAUUGGUACAUCAACCACUUCAACGAAGCUCAAACGAGAGAGAGAGAGAGAUGCAUGUCUUCUUAAACCCACCAAACCAACCUAAUCGCAUCACCUUUCUCUGCCGUUCCUGCGAAGGUCGAUCAUGAAGUCCAUACUGUUUGAACCUCCAAGCAGAAGACAGGAGGGAGGAGGAGCUCACGAUCAAGAUAAAGCCACAGAAGCAGCCCAUGGUUUCCGGAACCCCUUGGAGCUCAGUCUUCGCAUCUCUUCCGGUGUCAUGGCCUGCAACGUUGGCGGUGGUGAUUCCGGCGAGUGCCGAGGACUCUUAGCUACCAGAGAUAACCUUGUGGUGCACCGAAGAGACCAAGGAGCUAAGGAGUGGCUUCCAGCUGAGAUCCACAGCGGAUUCAUCCACCCGUGGAGUCUCGCUGCUCGGCAGCAGAAGGCAGUCUUCGAGCAAGCUUCUUCUGCGCCGAGAGAUGCGCAUCCUUCGUCUUCCACGCCGCCGCCGCCGCCGCCGCCGCCGCCGCUGCUUGUCGGCUGGCCGCCAGUGCGAACCUCUCGAAAGCAUCUAAGCCUGCUGAAGCCCGGGAUGGACGGAGAGAACGACGCGAAGAGGCGAAAGUUAACAGAGAGAGAGGCAACAACAGUGCUUACGACAGAAUCGAGAUCAAGACCUGCGAUGUUCGUGAAGGUUAACAUGGAAGGCUACGUGGUGGGCAGGAAGAUCGACCUGGGAGCCCAUGAGAGCUACCGGUCGCUCUAUCGCGCCCUCUCCAAGUUGCUCCGCAACUUCCUCUCCUGUACGGGAGCUCGGAUGCGAUCAGGAGAACAAGAUGAUGAGGUUGCUGAUGAUGACUUUGUUCUGCUUUAUGAAGAUAGUGAAGGUGAUCAGAUGCUUGUUGGUGAUAUCCCCUGGGAGUUGUUUAUUACUUCUGUGAAAAAGCUCUACAUUGCUCAUGGCAGAAAGAAGGCUGCUGCAGGAGGAGAGGCACAAAAGACUCAUCACAAGCAACAACUGAAUCACUGACAGGAGAAAUGAAGCAUAUGAAUCAAAUCAUCUGCUAACUCCUUUUGUUGCUCCUUGUAUUUCUCUAUGUGCUUGUAGGUUAUCUGUUGUGUCAUGGAGAUUAUGUUUUAGGAAUUUGAUUAGAUGAAAUAGUUUAUAACCUCUUGAUCGAUUGUUUCUCUUUUUGAAGGUCUAUCACAUCAUGAGUACCAAAUCCUAGAGACUACUCUAUUGAGAAUACAAAUAAAAUUUUAGAUCCUGUAAAAAUGAGUAGAAGGUUUCUAUCCAUAGAAAGAAGCAAGAAAAAUAUUCUGAAGAAUAUUAUUUUCUUAGGCUUCUGUUGAUAUGAUCAAUUUGAUCAAUUCAACACAAUGAGUCAUAUCGAGUACAUGACACCAAACUUCAAAUUCAGCAGCUUAUGCUUGGAAUUCAGAGCACCUCAUCAGGCUUUUCUGAUGCAUGUUGGGCAUUUGCCACAGAUGAGAGACAGCAUGCAGCCACUGCAAGAGGUAAAAACCACCUGCCAUUUACCGGCAAAUCAGUAAUCUUAACCUGUGGAUUCAUGUUUGCUUCCAACAUAAAUGAUUGAUCAUAAUUCAACAGAAUGAAUCCUUCUGCAAUUCAUCUGUCAUACCAAAACAAAUUCUCCUUCCUAUUCCAAAGGUCCUUUCUCAAGACAAUGUGCAAUAUCUUGGCAGUAUGAUACUCCAUGUGUAUCUGUUCUUGGGUGUCAUUGCAUGACUCCAUGCACACACACACUGAAUUUAUCCCAGGCUACCAAAGAGGUAUUGUUCUUUUCAAUCUGCUGCACAUAAUCUAGAUGAGAUGAUUAGAACCCCUCAGGUAUUU